CUCCCGGCGCGCCCCCGCGAGGCCCCCUCCCACCCGGCGCGCGACCCCGUCACUUCCAAUGUUGUGAAUCAAAUGUCGGGUUUGUUACAUUCCGCUGGCGCCGCGGACAGUUCUUAAAGGGCCAGCCGCGGACAGCUGCGCAAACCUGUCCGCGUCCUGCGCCGCCUCCGGCUCCCGGAGAGCCUGGCCGAGAGAGGCUUAGCGCGCGUGGGCCUCGGGAGGCCAGACGCCAGCGGACGGACAACAAAGAGAGAGGGCCCCGGAAGGAGCCGGACUGCCCCCGGACCGGGGGGUGGGGAGGGGAGCAUAUUGUUCGGCAGGGCGGGGGCUCUUAAAGGGUCCGGGCAGCCCCCACCACCACCACCGCCCCCUUGCCCAGCUUGGCCGCCCUAGAUCGGGAACAAAGGAAUCAACGUGUGUCCAGGCGGCUGAAGGGUUGUGAGCCCCGGCCCAGCCCCUCCCCCUCUCUGCCACCCCUGAUGCGACCAUGGGCUCUGGCAGUGACUAGGUGGCCACCCUCCACACCUGUGCGUCAGCGGCGAUUACCCACAGGACCUGGCAGUACCCCGGCCCAGCUCCGGGGAAGCCCUGGCCGUGAGGGCCGCCCGCCUGCCCAGGAUGAGCGCUUACCCUCCCAGCAGCCGCCGCCCCGACCACCACACCUCCCCGUAGAAGAGCACCGAGCCUCGGCUCCUGCCGGCGGGAGCCCCCGAAUGCUGCACCCAGCCUCCCAGCAGAGCCCGUUCGUGGUUGAUGUCCACGAGCAGGUACACCAGGGAGCUGUCCCUCUGUCCUACACAGUCACCACAGUGACGACCCAAGGCUUCCCCUUGCCUUCAGGCCAGCACAUCCCUGGCUGCAGCGCCCAACAGCUCCCAGCAUGCUCCGUGAUGUUCAGCGGGCAGCACUACCCGCUCUGCUGCCUCCCACCCCCGCUGAUCCAGGCGUGUACCAUGCAGCAGCUCCCCAUGCCCUAUCAGGCCUACCCCCACCUCAUCUCCAGUGACCACUACAUCCUGCACCCGCCACCGCCAGCCCCACCCCCCCAGCCCGCCCACAUGGCACCUCUGGGGCAGUUUAUAUCACUGCAGACCCAGCACCCGCGGAUGCCCCUGCAGCGGCUGGACAAUGACGUGGACCUCCGGGGGGAUCAGUACCCCCUGGGGAGCUUCACCUACUCCACCUCUGCCCCGGGCCCAGCCCUGUCCCCGUCUGUGCCCCUGCACUACCUGCCCCACGAUCCGCUGCACCAAGAGCUGCCCUUCGGUGUGCCCUAUUCCCACAUGGUGCCACGGAGACUGAGCGCCCAGAGGUAUCGCCUGCAACAGCCGCUGCCUCCGCCGCCCCCGCCACCACCCCCACCGCCAUAUUACCCCAGCUUCCUGCCCUACUUCCUCUCGAUGCUGCCAAUGUCACCAACAGCAGUGGGACCCACCAUCAGCCUGGAUCUUGAUGUGGAUGACGUGGAGAUGGAGAACUAUGAGGCCCUCCUGAGCCUGGCGGAGCGGCUGGGAGACGCCAAGCCUCGAGGCCUCACCAAAGCGGACAUCGAGCAGCUCCCGGCCUACCGCUUUAACCCGGACAGCCAUCAGUCGGAGCAGACGCUGUGCGUUGUCUGCUUCAGCGACUUCGAGGCGCGGCAGCUGCUCCGAGUUCUCCCCUGCAACCACGAGUUCCACACCAAGUGUGUUGACAAGUGGCUGAAGGCCAACCGGACGUGUCCCAUUUGCCGGGCCGAUGCCUCUGAAGUGCCCAGGGAGGCCGAGUGAGGCCCACAGCUUGCCCAUGAGAACCCUGCCCGAAGCUCUGGAAACUCGGGGGACCCAGGGAGGGUGGGGAGGGAGUGGCCCAGGCCUGUCCCAUUGUUCCCGCCUGUAUCUCCAGAGCUGGUGCCGGGGUCAGCUCUGCAAUAAGUCCCUGCAUUUGCCAAGCUCCAAAGACUCCAUCCCCAGUCCGCCUGCCAGUCUGCCCACCACGGAGCUGCCUGGGGGUCCCUGACUCAGUCUCCCUCCCAUGUGCCCUCGGGGUGUCUCCUUUUCCUGAUAGCUCUGGGAGCCAGGGGUCUCUUCCCCCAGUUCGGCUGGUGGAGACCCUGGGCCCCGGGAUGGGCAAAGGGGCACCGUCCUGGGUCGCUUGGUCUCUUGCACUGAAAAAUAGCCUGCCCCCUUCCCAGGCGGCAUUGACAGGCAUAGACAGAGUGGCGGGGGGCUGUUCCUGACCCGCAGGCCUGGUCCUCUGGCCUGACCCCAGCCGGACAGUCCUACCCAGUCUGCGUGGGGGUGGGUCUGGCUCCCUAGAGGCCUCUCGCCUGCCCCAGGCGCAACAUUCCAGCACCCCCCGCGCCCCAGGCUGGAGGGUCCAGAGCCUGGGUGGCAGGUAUCCUGAGGGGCCUGGGCUAUACCAGGGAGAGUGACCUAUGUCCUGGGGGCCAUUCUUCCCUGGCAGUGACGGGGGGGCCAGACCCAUGCCAGAUCUCCCUCUGUCAUUUUGCAUGAAUGUGAGGAGUAGCAGUUUUCCUUUAUUCAUUUGGCCCAAAAUCACGUGUAGGAUUUGGGGGUGUGGAUUUUUAAACUAUUUGUUGUUUUCUUUUGGUUAAGUGGUGGGGGGGAUAGGGACCACCCAGGACUGAGUGCCCAGGGGGCAGGGAAUGGUCCGGUGGUGCUGCCCGGUCCACAUGCAUGGGCACGGCUGGGGCUGGGCCGGCGGCUGGUGGUCACAGGCAGAGUUGGGGGUCUGCGCUCAGCUGAUAACUGCCAUGCACUGUACCGCACACGUCCCCAGAGCCUACCGGGACUGUAUGCUUUUCAGGGCAUUUCUCCCUCUCCAGCCAGGGCCCGCCUCCCACCCAUCCAGGCGAGUCCCCUCCAAGGAAAUCCUGGGAGGAUGGGGCCCAGGGAGGGCGUGGGCCUCACCUCCAGGGGCCCCCUCCCAGCCUGAGCCCUGCCCCCCAAGGUCUGGAGGAGGCCCCGUCAGGGUCUGGCUGAGCUCCCCUCCCUGGCCCUCCUGGUCCCUUCCCUGUCCUCCCCGCUGGGGUUGCUGCCCUGAACGAACCGCGUGUGGGGCCGGCACAUCCUAGCAGGCAGCCCCUGGCGCCUGCUGCCUCAGGGAUGCUCCAACCACCCUCGUUCUCCCGCAGCGGCCCCGCCCCCCCACCCACCCCCCCAAGCCUGCCGUGGGGCCCCAUCAGCCUGGCCCCACCCCCGUGGAGAACCCAAAGUCUUACUGUAUAUAACUCCAGGUGAUGUUUCUAUAUUUAUAGCAGUGUUGAAACCCCACGUGUUUUACACAGAGAACCAUCCUCUCCAGGCCCCUCUUCCUCACCCCGACAAAAGGUGUUUAGACCCCUCCAGUUCCGGGGCAGGCGGAGCGGGCUCUCGGAGUGGGCGGCUGCAGCGGUGGUUCCAGUGAGCAGCUGCUGAGGGGGCGGGGGAGACACAACAUUUUAAAAAAUCAUUUAAAAACAAGAUUUAUAAAACAAUUAUUUAGGAUGUUUGUGAUUUGCCGACCUUGCUAUAGAUGCCAUGUUACCAAUGAUUUCCUAUGGUGGGGGCUUGUUGAUGUUUACUCUUAUUUACCAGCUUCCGGCCUGGGCAUGGCAGCGGGCAGCAUCCCAGCCUGGCUGGGCCCAGCACCUGUGUUCUGUGUUAGAGAGGCGUUACAUAUAUAUGUAACUACAUACAUAUAUAUAAAUAUAUGUAAUUUGGGGGCCCUGUUCCUUGCACAUUUUACAGUUACCUCAUUUUUCCCAUGUAUGUAUUUGAGAAAAAUGCUAAUAUAUAGAGAAAAAAAUGGUUCUUAAAGCUUAAAUGUGUGGUUUUUUCCAUUCCAUUGGAUUCACAUUGGUUUGUAGCAUUUAACAUAACUAGUAUGUUGUAUUAUAUAUAUGUGUAUACUGAUUGAAAUUUUUAACAGAUUUGUACUUUUUUUAAAAUGAAAGUUGCUAGUUCUGCUUGACCAAGUAGUGCAAUCAUUAUUUUUUUUAAUAUUGUUGCUGAUUUCAGAGGGAUAUUCACUAAUAAAUGUAUGAUGUAUAUCAA